AUGAGACUGGUCCGGGCAGGUGAGGCCACCGGCAAGGUGGACACCCGCAACCUGCAGACAGAGCCCAAGCCUGAGCCCGAGAGCCAAGUCCUCAUCCGAGUCCGGAAGCCUGAGAGCAGGAGUCCGAGCGCAGGGACACAGGAGCUCCAGCUACUGCAGCUACACAGAGAAACUGCCUCCGCUGGCCUUGCUGCUCAGGCCUUCCUGGCUGGGGACGCCCCACCGUCCAUCACAGCUGCCUUCAGACCUUUGCCACAACUGGAAUUCGAGUGUGACUAUGCUUUAUGUACAUGUCGGGAAGGACAUGUGCAGAUGGAGGGCCGCUGGACUGGCGUCUGGGCGGCGCUGGCCGUGCUGCUGGGGCUGGCAGCUCCUGGGAGCAGCUAUGAGGUCGUGGCCGGCCCCAGGAACGCCACGGUGCUGCUGGGCUCGCAGGCCCGCUUCAACUGCACCGUGUCGCAGGGCUGGAAGCUGCUCAUGUGGGUCCUGGACGGGAUGGUGGUCCUGAGUGUCACGCCCCAGGGGCCCAUCGACACCAGCGAGCGCUUCACCGCGGAGAGCUAUGACGUGGACGGCAACUUCGUGUCCGAGAUGGUCAUCCACGACGUCAUGGGGACCCUACACAUCCCCACGGACCGUCCUGUUGUCAAGGACGAACCUUGUAAUGUGACCUGCCGUGCCUCAGGCUGGACCCCCCUCCCGGACAUUUCCUGGGAGGUCGGGGUUCCUGUGAGCCACUCCAGCUACUACUCCCUCCCGGAGCCUGACGACCUUCACAGCGCAGUGAGUGUCCUGACCCUCACGCCCCAGGGCGACGGCCCGUUGACCUGCGUGGCUCGCUUCAAGGAGCUGAUGGCCCACAAGGCUGUCACUAUCAACCUGACUGUGGUUCCACCCGCGUCCCAAGCGCAGGGCGUGGAGCCUGGCCAUGACUUCGCGGCCUCAGAGGCCUGCCGCCGGCGGCCUUGUCUGCCUCCUGGAGUGCCAGCGGUCGCAGUCAGGGGACCCCUGGACCGUGUCACGGGCCAGGCAUUCACUGGCAGCAGCGGCCCGGCGGAGCCACACGUCUCGCUGCCCAUCUGGGCCAUCGCCCUGCUGGCGGCCUCCCUGUCGCUGCUGCUGAUUCUGGUGAUCGUCCUGAUGAGCGUGCUCUGCUGCUGUCGCGGCUCCAGGAGGGAGAAGAAAGAAUCGAGCUAUGAAAGAGAAAUAAGGAAAUCUGCCAACCUGAAGUCGAGUGAGACCUCUGAGGCGAAGUCAAAGGGCGGGAACGAGAACUACGGCUACCAGGAGGAGGGGCCGCAGCCCACAGCCACCACGUCCCUCCCGUCGAAGCUCUGUGCGCGGGGUGCCCCGGACCACAGUGCCGGCAAGCAGCCAGGCCCGGUAAGUGGCCCACUGCCCUCCGCCGGCCUCUGA